UUAACGCGGAGAGGGGCAGCCGCGGCGCUCUCGGCAGAGGCGCUAAUAAGUACGGUGAUAUACGCGCGACACGUAGCACUGCUGUCGCAGAAAAGGGCUGCCGCUACGCCGCCGACGCGUCGCGUGGAACAGCCUCGCACCCCCCACACACAAGGCAGCAAGUGCCGCCGCCGCGCGCCACGCGCCCCCGGCACCAUGCCGAGCAAGGGCGUCGACAUGAUCGAGGCGCGCCGCAAGGCCGCCCUCGUGAAGAUGGGCAAGGGCGUCGAGCGCGCGGGCCAGAGCACAAAAGCUGUCGGCAUGUCGCAAUUCAGCGGCGGCAAGACGCUGAAGAAGAACCCCGAGAACGACCUGAGCACGUCGCACUACACGGGCGAGGACCUCGAGAAGCUCGGGCUUUUGAUGACGGAGCGCAAGAAGCUCGUGAAAAAAAUAAGAAGGGUCACGACGCUCAUGCGCCAGAAGAUGCUGAAGAACGCGUCGAUCAACGGGAACUGGUACAAGCUUUUUAAGUCAUAUGAUCGGGACAAUUCGGGAAACAUCUCCUUCGCGGAACUGGCGUAUGUCGUCUACAAGGAGCUCGACAUCUCGAAGCUCGAGAUGUCGCUCAAGGAACUUCGAAGUGUCUGGGGCGUCGUCGACAUCAAUGGCGACAACACGGUCACGGUCUGUGUGGAAAUCAACCAGUGUGCCGGGUGCACGAUGACGCGGCCGUGCUGGCCUCCAUCGAGCGGUGAGGAACCGACAUCGCCACGCCAU